AUGAGCGCGCCAAUCCACGGCAAUUAUAAAAAUUACUACUCGAAGAGACAGAGCAACGUGAACGGUAUUGAUAGCAGAUUGGAUGCUCUGGGCGAAGAUUUCUGCCAUUCGCUGCGAGGAAAGAGGAUACUUGAUAUUGGUUGCAACGAAGGAAAGAUUGCGAUUGAAAUUGCCCAAAGAUAUUCCCCUGAAGUCAUACACGGAAUCGAUAUCGACGCGUCUUUGAUCAACAAAGCAGUAAAACAACUCAAACUGAUUUGGUCGACGACUAAGCCUGUGGAGGAGGAAAAGGGAAAGCGGAAGCGCGUAGAUGAGCCAGCGACCGUCCAGCCUAACUACUUCCCAGUAUCAAUGCCAAGCAUCUUUGGCUUUGUGCCUUUUCCAGAAUCAAUGAAAGGUUUCCCGCGUAAUGUUGAGUUCAAACAUGCAGAUGUUACGCGAAUGGAGGUUGAGGAUGGGUCAUAUAACGUCAUUCUCGCACUAUCGCUCACAAAGUGGAUACACUUGAACGGGGGUGAUGAGCAGCUCUUGGAAUUUUUCAAUAACGCGCAUAAAAUGUUGAGCGAUGGAGGAGUACUCGUGCUAGAAGCUCAACUUUUCAAGUCGUAUCAGAACGCAGUGAGCGACAUGCGUCAACUCAAGGAAACUUUUGAUAGACUUGAAAUAGACCCUUCUCAGUUCGAGAAAAUUUUGAUCAAGCAGAUAGGAUUUAAAAAGGUGCGACAUUGCACGGGAAUUCGGGACCGCGGAGUAUCAAUCUACACAAAGUAG